AAUCUUCAUACAUUGACAGAUCUGCAUUCACUGAUAAUAGUGAACUCAAUGUUGAAUCAUUGAUUGAGAACUUAAAGAAUGUGAUAAUGAAGAAAUUAUUCAUAUCAUGUGUGACUGAGUCUCUUAUAUUCUUCUCUGUCUUCUCUGUUCUUUUCUCUGUCACUCUCUCUCAAUCUUCUACACCUGUCUCUGUGUCUGAUUCUCCUGCUCCUGCUAUCUCUGUUUCUGCAAUUCUCACUUCUACUACUUCUGAUUUUGCUAUCUCUGUUUUCAUUAUCAGCUCUCCCUGUUUCAAGGAGAUGUUGUAUAGACUUAAUGAAUCACAUUUCUCA